AUGUUGCCCGCUACUCGCCGCAUCAAGCGAACGCUUCACCGCCAAAUCCUCUCUGUAAAAUAUCGUUAUGAGUCCUCGUUGGCCCCUUUAACGCAGUUGUCAGAAGAAGAAAGUAUGUUUAAGGACACCGUCGCGCGGUUUGCGGCUGAUGUCGUGGCGCCGCAUGUUCGUGCGAUGGACUCAGCGGGCGAGAUGGAUCACACUAUUACCCGGGGGCUGUUUGAGAAUGGACUGUUGGCAGUGGAAAUUCCGGCAGAUUAUGGGGGUAGUGGAGCCUCCUUUAUGAGCCUCUGUCUGACUAUCGAGGAAUUGUCGAAAGUCGACCCUGUUGUGGGACUGCUCGUGGAUUUACAGAACACCGUUGUCAAUAAUGUCUUCUUGAUGCAUGGCACGGAGGGACAGAAGGAGAAGUAUUUGCCUAGGCUUAGCACGGAUAUGAUUGGUAGCUUUUGUCUGAGCGAAGCUGGAUCUGGAAGCGAUGCUUUCGCCCUGAAGACAAAAGCAGAGGCUUCAGCUGAUGGUAGCUAUUACUCCAUCACGGGCCAGAAGAUGUGGAUCUCCAAUGCCGAAUAUUCUGGCGUAUACUUGGUGUUUGCUACGGUGGAUCCAUCACGAGGUUACAAAGGUAUUACGUGUUUUAUUGUAGACCGAGACACUGAAGGAUUGGAGAUUGGCAAGCCGGAGGAGAAGCUGGGCAUCUGUGCGUCAUCAACGUGUCCCGUGACGCUGACAGACGUAAAAGUGCCGAAGGAAAACAUCAUGGGUGAGGUGGGAAAGGGGUACAAGAUUGCUAUCAGUACAUUGAACGAAGGACGAAUCGGUAUUGCAUCACAAAUGUUAGGCUUGGCACAGGGAGUCUAUGAUCAGACGCUUCCGUAUCUGUUCGAGCGUCAGCAGUUCGGCUCGCCGAUUGGAGAGUUUCAGGCGGUGCAACAUCAGUACGCGGAGGCGGCACUAGAUAUUGAGAUGGCACGCUUGCUAGUGUACAAUGCUGCGCGUCUCAAGGAUUCGGGCCAACCGUUUGUAAAACAAGCUGCCAUGGCUAAGCUUCAUGCCUCUCGAGUGGCUGAAAAGACGGCUUCCAAGUGCAUUGAGUUGCUUGGUGGCAUUGGCUUCACAAAAUACUUGCUUGCGGAGAAAUAUUACCGUGAUGCAAAGAUCGGAGCAAUUUACGAAGGAACGAGCAACAUGCAGCUAACAACGAUUGCAAAGAUCGUCGCGGAGGAGUAUCAAAAGUGA